AUGACGGCAACCAAGUUGGACGGAAUUCCACAACCUGACGGAGAUUUGUUGGACAAGAAGUCGAAGACACGGCGCCGCACCGUAACACCGCAUUUUCCAGCACUACGCUACAGUCCGAAUACAGGAGACGUGCUGCUACAGUGCAUGCACAUUUCUAUUUAUGGCGCCCGUUCUGUCGCACUCUAG